CAAGCAAGGCGCGGUCAAUUCCAAUAGGAACUCCCUAGCGGUGAGUCGGAAGAUUCUCUUGGAGGUCCAAACCUAUCCCUUCUUGUAUUCUCCCGAAGUUCAAGACGGUUGGCUACUAGUACUAUAUAUCUACGCCGCUCAUAGAUCAAGACCGCUACUAAUUACUACCCCAACUACUAGUAUAAGAGCAUCGAUUAGCAUUUAUGCUAGACAAUUCAUACUACGAUUCAAAGAAAAAUCUAUCAUGACAUAACUACAAAAUUAUGACCAAGUAUAAUAAUACGAGCCAUACCCUGACCUCGACGAGGAAAAGAUGCAGGCGAGAAGGCGCCAAGUGGACUCGGUCUGGUUGCUUGACCUGCAAGCGUCGUCGGAAGCGGUGUGAUGAAACCAAGCCAUGCUGUCAGAGCUGCGCAAGGCUGGGGUUGAAUUGUGAGGGCUACGGCUCGAUGUGGGCAGCGCCUUUAGACCCGUCUGCACAUGUCUUCAGUCAAGACAGAGCAUCCAAGCGGCGUAGAAUUAGCGCACCGUCUUCUCCAACAACUUACUCUCAUGGUACGGUGGAGGAGCUAUGUUCGUCUGCGAGCUCCCCCUUGCCAAGCAAUCCUUCGACUGCGCCGACAUCACCAUCUGUUCUCGAACAUACAAGCAGCUACUUCUUGAGUGAUGAAGACAGUAAUGGCGGAGGUGACAAGGUUACAGACAGUCAUGUUGGUCGCCAUGAUGCACUUACUGUUGCUUCGCCCAUGCCAAGUAGGUUCUUCAGUCAUCUUUCGCAACUUGAAACACACUAUCUCCAGUAUCACACCGAAUUGGGCUCCAAGUUGCUAGCCAACCUUGAAAGUGACGACAAUCCCCUACGUUCGUUAGUAAUACCCCGAGCCCUAUCAUCACCUCUCGUAUUGAAGGCCUUGUGUGCGGUGUCUGCGACCCAUUUUGCGAAUCGCUCCCGGGAUAGGCUGGAAGCACAAACUGCUGCUACCAGCUACUAUGUUCGAACGCUAAAUGGGCUGCAGUUGACACUUUCCGAAUUUUCGGCGGGAGACUUUCCUGAUGAUAUCAUCUUAGCGGUGGCUCUCCUUUGCAAGUACGAAAUUGUACGUGGAAGUGUUAAGCAAUGGGCGGUACACUUGAAUGCUCUGCAGAAGCUGAUCAUGGCUCGGGGUGGAGUUUAUACUCUGGACGAAGAUACAAGAGAAUUCGUAUCUGGAUUCUACAUCUAUGCUUAUAACGUGGCCAGAAUCAGCAACCGCAACCAAAUAAACUCCGACUGGCUUGACAUAUGCGAUGUCAAAAUCACUAAGCUUGAUAUAUACAUCGGCUACGCAGAAGAUCUCAUCAAGAUCUGUGCCCAAAUAGCUGACCUGCCUCUGAUGUCUCACGACCCCGUUGCCCUGGGCUUGGAAAUCCAUGGAAUAGACACAUCACUCCGCAACUGGACACACACAAGGACGCAAUACAUCAUCCCAAAAGGAAUAACAGAGAUGAACCUUGCUCGCCUCCGCAUGGUAGCUGACUGCUUCCGUGAUGCGGCGUACAUCUAUCUCCAUUCCAUCCUAAAGAAAAUGAGCCAGGGAAUCAGGACUCCUUUUUCGACACCAUGGACAACAUUCAUCUCCCUGCCUAGAUCAGAAGCAUUACAGCAACUCCUGGGCAGAAUCAGGAUAUCACCCCUUGAUGAGCAUUCUGAGUAUUCUGCUCUUACAUUCCCGCUUUUCAUCGCAGGUUGCGAGAGCAAAGAUGCCAACGAUCGAGAUCUCGUGAUACGUUCUCUAAGCAAGUUAGAGGCAAACUUUGGCAUUGGGAAUGUUAGAAGAGCAAAGGACAUGCUGCAUAUUCUCUGGCAGGGCGGAGAUAUGCAUUGGUUGGAUAUGUUAGAGCAAUUACAAUGGGAUUUAAUUCUGGCCUAGAUAUCGACAGACGUCCUGGAUAUAUGCAUACGAAGUCAAGCGCAAAACCCUUCGCAUGAAGUCUUAUGUAACGAUCCAUAUAUCAUUACUUUGUAUCGCG